AUGUCGCUAUUCAGACGGCCGAUGCAGCACAUCGACAGGAAGGAGCUGUACACAAACCUCGAGGCCAGGAUACACUAUCUCCACUCUUUCCUCGACUUUAGUACCAAUGACAUCGAAGCGCUAGUAUCAGGCGCCAAGUACAUCAAGGCCUUGAUUCCGGCCGUCGUCAACAUCGUCUACAAGAAGCUGUUGCAGUACGACAUCACAGCACGCGCGUUCACGACCCGCAGCACGAGCUUCGAGGGCCCCAUGGACGAGCAGCCCGACGAGAACAGCCCGCAGGUCAUGCACCGCAAGAUGUUUCUGCGCGCCUACCUGACCAAGAUCUGCUCCGACCCGAGCGAAAUGGAGUUUUGGGAGUAUCUCGACAAAGUCGGCAUGAUGCAUGUUGGCCUCGGCCGCGCACAUCCGCUGCACGUCGAGUACAUCCACAUCGGCGCUGCUCUGUCCAUCAUCCAGGACAUCCUGACCGAGGCCAUCCUGUCGCAUCCGCGCCUGCACAUCACGCGCAAGAUCGCCAUCGUCAAGGCCCUGGGCAAGGUCAUCUGGAUCCAGAACGACCUCUUCGCCAAGUGGUACGUGCGCGACGGCGAGGAGUUCGCGGGCGAAAAGGAGGAGGAGAUCGUCGUCGAGCGUGAAGGCUACCUGCAUGGCAAGAAGAUCCUAACGGACGAGGAGAUGGAGUCGGACAGCGGCGGCGACGGGCCCGAGUCGUCGUCGGGGACCUCGGCGGCCAGCACGGUGACGACGCCCACGACGCCGAGCAAGAUCCCCACGCCAAAAUCCCCGACGCGGGCGUCACCUGGCAGCCGGGAAGCACCAUUUUCCCUUGUUCCAACCUUCAUCGCACGUUUCAACAACCACGACUUCGUUCCCCCAACCCUCGAGACUGUCAAAAUCGAGCUUCACGUCCAUCAACCCCAGCACAUCGUCCAAAAGAUGUCUUCCAACACCACCAAGGCCGACCCUCAGGCUACCACUGACAAGGAGAUGCCUGAUGCUUUGGGUGAAGCUCCUGGUCCUUCUACUCCCCUCCGCCCCAAAGCCAACAACCAGCAUGCGGGCAACGACAAGCCCAUGUCAGCCAUGGAGCAGAUUGCGUCAAUGGUCCCCUUCGGUGUUUCUCAGGCUGAUAAGGAGCGUUCCGAUGCCGACAAUCUCUUAGAGACCAUCCAACAGGCAUUCCUGGCCUCUAGAGAUCCUACCAACCCCAUCGACAUCCGAAAUGCGGCCAGUGAGGCCAUUAUUCCGUACCUCGAAGAGUUUCGCCACAGCUUCUUGGAGGCCCACGAGAAGGACCAGAAGAAGCUCGUCGUUAAUGUCAAGGAGAUGGAGCACCGCAUUCAUAAGCUUGAGCUCUGCGUCCAGGCCCUUAUGCUUGUUCUCAAGGUAGAUGCCAUGGAGGUCUCUGCUACUGCUGAGGACCUCGAGAAGCCUGAUGUCUGCUGUUUGCCAACUCUGCUUGUCACAUCUGGAACGGCGACAUUGUCCAACAUAAUAUCAGACUUUGGCGGCUCCAAGAGUCUCUACGAUGGCAAGCCAUCUUCUACUGCUGGCAAGAACAGGAAGUCACAGAGACAGCGAUUCCGGGAGAAGAAGGCGAGAGAGAUGAAGGCGCUUCGUGAAGCGGCCAAGGUCAGCGGGGACGCUCCAGAGACCCAGAAGACAGACACCAAAUCGCCCUAUCGCAAGAGCAAUCGCCUUGCCCGCGCGGCCGAGAAGGCCAAAGAGGAGUUGCAGAAUCACCAAGAUGCCGCUGACCUCAGCCAGGAGCGCUCCAGCAUCAUGGCGACUAAGUUCAAGGAUCAGGACGAAAAGAUUGACGCGUUGACGGCACGAUUGGAAGCGUUUGAGGCAGACAUGCGGCGCUCAGUGGACAAGGUCAACAAGCUCUUUGCCGACUACGACGAGAAGCUGGGCGUCACCGACCAGGCCAUCGUCCAGCUGGCCUUUAACAAGGAAGUCGUCAUAGAUGAGGCUGAAAACAUGCGCGAGAAGAUCAGGAAGAUGGACCACCGCAUCGCCACGACCAUGAGGCACUUCCGCGAGACCCUAUCCGAGGAGCGCGCAUACCAGCUCUGGAUGGACUACUACGAAGUCUGCAGAAGCGAGGAGUAG